UGUGAUCGCAGCCCCGCUACGGUGGCCGGCGCGGUCGGGCCGUUCGCUGCGCUUGGGCCCCGCCAUGGGCGGGCGGAUCGAGUGCGUGUUCUUCAGCGAGUUCCACCCCACGCUGGGGCCCAAGAUCACCUACCAGGUGCCGGAGGAUUUCAUCUCCCGCGAGCUGUUCGACACCAUCCAGGUGUACGUGAUCACCAAGCCCGAGCUGCAGAACAAGCUGAUCACCGUGACGGCCAUGGAGAAGAAGCUGAUCGGCUGCCCCGUGUGCAUCGAGCACAAGAAGUACAGCAGGAACGCUCUGCUCUUCAACCUGGGCUUCGUGUGCGACGCCAGAGCCAAGGCCUGUGCCCUGGAGCCCAUUGUGAAGAAGCUGGCUGGCUACCUCACCACCCUCGAGCUGGAAAGCGGCUUCAUCUCCAACGAGGAGAGCAAACAGAAGCUGGUCCCCAUCAUGACCAUCCUGCUGGAGGAGCUGAAUGCCAAAGGGAAGUGCACCCUGCCCAUAGAUGAGUCCAACACCAUCCACCUGAAGGUGAUCGAGCAGCGCCCGGACCCCCCCAUCGUGCAGGAGUACGAUGUCCCCGUCUUCACCCAAGACAAGGAUGACUUCUUCAACUCCCAGUGGGAUCUCACCACGCAGCAGAUCCUGCCCUACAUAGAUGGCUUUCGGCACGUCCAGAAGAUUUCUGCAGAAGCUGACGUGGAGCUGAACCUGGUGCGGAUUGCUGUGCAGAACCUGCUGUACUAUGGGGUCGUCACGCUCGUCUCCAUACUCCAGUACUCCAAUGUCUACUGCACCACUCCGAAGGUCCAGGACCUGGUGGAUGACAAGUGUCUCCAGGAAGAGUGUCUGUCCUACGUCACCAAACAAGGGCACAAGCGAGCCAGCCUCAGGGAUGUCUUCCAGCUGUACUGCGGGCUCAGCCCUGGCACCACCGUGAGAGACCUCAUCUCCCGCUACACCGUGCAGCUCCAGAGGGUGGACGAGAGGAGGCUUAUCCAGUUUGGUUUGAUGAAGGGCCUUAUCCGAAGGCUCCAGAAAUACCCCGUGAAGGUCGCGCGGGACGAGCGGAGCCACCCGGCCCGGCUGUACACGGGCUGCCACAGCUACGAUGAGAUCUGCUGCAAGACUGGCAUGAGUUACAAGGAGCUGGACGAGCGCCUGGAGAACGACCCCAACAUCAUCGUGUGCUGGAAGUGACGGCGGGGGCGGCCCGCACCGGAGCCCCGUGUCCCCCACGCCGCGCGUGUCCCCCGUGUGUGUCCCCCGUUCCUCCGCGCCGCCAGGGGGCGGCACAGGCCGCUCCGCGCCGCCGUUGCCAUAGCGACCGGUGGGACGCCAUGGCCGCCGUGGCCGCCCCGCUGCCGCCCGCCGAGGCCGAGGCGCUGGUGCGGGCGCUGCAGGGCACCGAGCUGCGGGACACCGGCGGGCAGGGGUGCGGGGACAGGCUCCUGUGAAAGAGGGGCUUUGAAUUUGGGGGAGGGGUCCUCGCUGGGGCUCUUCGGGGAUCCCGGUUUUACUCCCCCCGCCCCCCCACAGAGGGUCACGGUGGGGGUAAAUGGGGUUGCCAGAAGGUUUAGGGUAGAGAGGAGGGGUCGUGGUUUUGAGGUGAGCCCAGAGGGUGACGGUGGGGUGACGGAGAGAGAAGUGGCUGCAGUUCUGGAGCCUUCCUGGAAGGACUGGGGAGGAUUGGAGAGUUCAAGAGGAGGAGGGUGAGGAAGGGUCACGGAUCUGGAGUGUCCCCAGAGGGUCCGUGUGGGGUUGGGGGACAGGAUAGGUCAUGAUUCUGGAGCCUUCCUGAAAGGACUGGCAGAUUAGGUGGGUCCAGGGGGAGGGGGGCCAAAGAAGAGUCCCAGAUCUGGGGUGUUCCCAGAGGCUCUGUGUGGGAAGGGGUGAUGGAGAAGGGUCCCUCUGUCCUGUGGUGUCCCUAAUGAGGGUGUUGCUGGGGACCAGGUAGGAGAGCAGGGCUGCCCCCAGUGGAGCUGCUGCCCCAGGGACUGUAGGCUCAGAGCACAGCAGGGGAUUUUGGAGGUUCCAAGAGCAGGUUUCCCUGCACAAGGGACCCUCAGGAGCACAGCAGUGCCCCCGAGCCUGUGGCCGGGGGUCUGUGGCACAGAUGUCCUUGCUGGCUGUCCCCCAGAUGGCUUCGGCAGCACGAGUAUGUGGAGAAGCUGAAUAUGCACGGCAUCCUGAGCGCCUCUGCUGGCCAGGAGCAGCUCCUCACCGAGCUGCUGGUCACCUACGGCAAGGUGAGCCUCCCCUGGGGGGCAGGAGGGAUCCCCAGCUGGGCUUGUCAUGUGGGCAGUGUGCAAUUUCGGAAUAAAAUGGAGAAGAAUUCUGUUGUGUCUCUGGAAAAGACAUUUGACUGGUGGCUUUUGCCAGUUUUGGGGUGUUUUUUUUUUUUAAAUAAUUAAAGGUCAAGCUGUGGUAU